AUGGAGGCGGCCGGCCGCUCCGCGAACGUCAUUGACGAUCUUCGUCCGGAGUGGCAGGAGCCAGAGCCCCCUCACAUGAAAGAGAAAGAUGAAGGCUCCUCCCAAAUUAAAGAGGAAGAGGAGGACAAAGAGGUCCAUCACAUGAAAGACAAAGAGGAGCCGCAGUCCCCCUACAUGAAAAAAGAGGUGGAUGAGAACCGCUGCAUCAAGGAGGAGGAGGAGGAGGAGGAGGAGGAGGACAUCAGAAAGUUGCCAUCGACUUGUGUCCCAUUGAAGAGUGAAGAUGAAGAUGAAAGUCAAAGUGAGGAGAGCAGAGGGGCAGAGCCUCCACGCAGCAGUUCCAGUUCAAUUCAACGCAUGACAACAGAAGGUGAUGGAGACCACGAUGGAGGAUCGCAAACAGGCGGCCUCUUAGCUCCGCUAGCAGGUAGUGACGUCCUAACGUCACACUCUCCUCACACUGAUGUUGAUGAGGAUGAUGAAGAGUCCAUAUUUGAUGGUGAUAGGACAUGUGGUACUGACAACAAACGAUGGAAAUGUUCUCAAUGUGCGAAAAGUUUGGCUUCUGAGAGCAGUUUGAAGCAACACUUGAGAAUACACAAUGGAGAGAAACCUUUCGGCUGCUCAGUUUGUGGCCGACGAUUCUCUAAAAAGGGAAACUUAUUAAGACACACAAAAACACACACUGGUGCGAAACCGUUUACCUGCUCAGUUUGUCAUCGAAGAUUCAUUGAUAAGGGAGAUUUAAGACGACACACAAGGACACACACUGGAGAAAAACCUUUUCCUUGCUCAGUUUGCGGUCAAAGAUUCUCUCGUAAGGCAAACGUAAGAUCCCACACAAGAACACACACUGGUGAAAAACCCUUUGAAUGCUCUUUUUGUGCUCAAAGAUUCUCUGACAAGGGAACCCUCAAAACACACAUAAGAACGCACACUGGAGAGAAGCCUUUUGCCUGCUCAGUUUGUGGUCAAAGAUUUUCUCUGAAGGGAAGCUUACAAAGACACACAAGAAUGCACACUAGGGAGAAGCUUCUCUCCUUUUUAUCACCCACAACCGACCUCUUGGCAAUCAUUUCCUCAAAUUCAACUUAGAAUUACACGGAUAAUGGAUGAGUACCAAAAUCUGUACUUUUUUUCGGGGAGUAGCGAUUCUUGUCAAAUCAAUCGCUACUAUCAUUAGGUACCACGGCGCGCCCUUUGCAGUGGGAGUGGAAGAGUUAGCCAAUUUCCGUGGCACAGUGGAAGGCAUCGAUGACGCACACGAGUAUAAUGAUAGCCUCACAACAAACAACCGUGUGGAUCCAAAGUGCUCAAAAAUAUGGUGGAAAAGUGGAGGGGUCCCGCUUGAAAAGGAUGUUGUGCUCGUGAGUCAGGCACAUAGCACAAUCCAAAGCCGGUCGGUGUGUCAUCAGGCACGGAGCGCUAGCAGGGCGGCGGCAAACUGGGGUCCAAGCGGGAGCGGUUCGUGGGACACACCAGAAAUCUGACGAGCCGCACAAGCGUCCCACACCGGUAAACCCUACCGAUGUAGUUCGCUUUUAGCUAACGAGUGACCAUGCAGUAAGCAGCAGAAAGCUAAAGGCAGUUAAACUACCGUAUUUUCACGACCAUGUUUCUCCGCGUAACUAAUGGCUUGCAGUUUAAACUGUCUCUUCGUAGGUGCCAUUUUCGGGGGUCCCUAGCCAAACGGGGGUCUACUGGGGGCGUGCCUUUCGCGUCCUCCUUCACGCGCACCCUCCCCCCUUUAACGUCCGCAUGCUGUCCUCAGUCACGUCCGCCUUUCCUCUAUAUAAGCAGCGUGUCGGCAGGAAAUGCUCCCAGUCGGUCAAGCGGAGCGCUCAUGAAAGUCACACAACAACAUUUAGAGAUUUUGGAACUCGGUGCACACAUAAGGCGCGCCGCAUUAUGAGGCGCCCCCGUCCGUUUUGGAGAAAACAUUUCGGAGACUUUUAAGUGCGCCUUAUGCUCGUGGAAAUACGCUACUCUUUCAGGGUCGCAGAGUGUUAGAUCGCGUCAAAUGAGUCUAACAAUAGGGUUUAAAGUGCUGAAUCUUUACUAACUCGAUAAAACUGCGUACAAAAUAGUGAAAAUAGAGGAGGAGGCAGACCAGCUUGCCAGCAGUCCCUACAAUGUUAUACUACAUGUGCCAAGUGAAAAUCUUGGCUCUCACUUCCAUGAGUUUUCAGAAUACAUAAUAGUGCACAUUUUAACACAAUGACUAAUGAUCUUAAUUCCUGCUGCAGUUCAUUGGAAAGUUUGCGCCAUACUUUGCGUUUUGUAAUGUUUUAUUGAUUCUUUAUAUUUGUAUGCUUUAUUUGUCGAUUAUACCUUGACUGUAUUCAUUUUUGUUGAAAACCGAGGAUAUUGUUUGGUUACGCAGUGUUUGUUAAGGAGUAUAUUGAAAAAGAAGCGUUUCAUUGAGAAAUUUGGAUUUGACAUUUUCCAGUCCACCCGACACACGAAAGCAGAGACAAUUGGUGCCGCUGAGUAUUGGUAUUGAAUCCCAGAUAGCGGUUCACUGACAGCUUCCCCAGAACUCUGCCACCCGGACUAUCACAAGGACCCCCUUCGCUCACCACAUGACUGCAGCAACUCCGUUCAAUACUGCAUCCAAUAUAAAAUACUGAUGUGCACCUUCAAGGCCAUCAAUGUCCUUGCUCCGCCAUAUCCUGCUGACCUCCUUGCCAGACCCUCACGCGCUCUCAGAUCUUCGUCUUCUGCCCGUCUGUCCCCCGUCGUCGGAACUCCAAAACACAGACUCUUUAAGCCUCUUCAAAUCCAAACUCAUUCCGGACUGCCUAUUCGCGUUAACAUUUGCAUUAUCAUUUGCCAUUUGUAUUUGAUUUAUUUGAACUAUGUUUGUACAGUGACCGUGAAUAUAUUUGUGCUGCAGAGUAGUCGGGGGUCGGGUCAGUCCGUACUUUACAUACGACGACGCCAUGUUGGAAAGGUCGACUUUCCCAUAGAAGGCAAUGCACGGACACUGAAAUUAAGCUGUAACUUGCUCAUUUCUCAAGCAAUUUUUACGAAGCGUCCCGUUUUGUGAACGCCAGAGCAUAUGCUAUUAGUAACCAUCCUUUGAACACCCCCACGGAAAAUAGGGUGAGGGUCAACAAUAUUCCUGUGUUUAGUUGCGACCAACAGAAAAGCACCAGCACCGUUUUUUUGAGGAGGUCCAGCAUGACCAUGGCAAAGCUUGACAGUGACUCGAGAGAUGACAUUUGCAAAAUAUUUUAAUCAUGAACAGGAUGUUUAUCCGCAAACAAGCAGUGGCAGACAAAACAGAAGAAGAAGAAGAAGAAUCAUCUUUUAUUGUCAUGAACAUGCAUGCAUGCAUGCACAUGUGAACACACACACACACACACACACACGUUAGUGGAACACACUGGAGCAGGGGGCAGCCGGAGCGCCCGGGGAGCAUUUUCGGGGUAUCAGUGUCUUGCUCAAGGACACCACGGCCGUGAGUCCGGGGGAUGUUGGCGGAUGGUCCAGUCGGGGUCUUGAACCUAGGUCCCCCACGGUGGCAGGCGAUGAUAUUAUAUGGACCACCACCACAUAAAAAUACCACUUCUGAUUAUUCACACUAUUUUUCGAAUGACUUACUUUACCUAUUUAAAAUCAUAGUCCCAAAGAGAACAUGGAUAAAUGAUGACUACAACAAUUAUUGCACAUUAUUUUAAUGAUAGUUUGUUUUCCUAUACAAUCUUCUUUCAAGGAGUCCGGGCCUGUUUGUAUAUAUUGUCUUCAAAGACCCCUUAUGAAGAAGACAAAUUAUGGACUCAGGUUUCCCUUGCCCGGACGCGGGUCACCGGGGCCCUCCUCUGGAGCCAGGACUGGAGGUGGGCCUCGAAGGCGAGCACCUGGUGGCCGGGCCUGCACCCAUGGGGCCCGGCCGGGCACAGCCCGAAAGGGUAACGUGGAUCCCCCUUCCCAUGGGCUCACCACCUGUGGGAGGGGCCAUAGGGGUCGGGUGCAAUGCGAGCUGGGCGGUGGCCGAAGGCGGGGGGACCUUGGCGAUCCGAUCCCCGGCUACAGAAGCUGACUCUAGGAACGUGGAAUGUCACCUCUUUGGCAGGGAAGGAGCCCGAGCUGAUGUGUGAGGUCGACAAGUUCCGACUAGAUAUAGUCGGACUCGCCUCCACGCACAACUUGGGCUCUGGUACCAGUCCUCUCGAGAGGGGUUGGACUCUCUUCCACUCUGGAGUUGCCCACGGUGAGAGGCGCCGAGCAGGUGUGGGUAUACUUAUUGCUCCCCGGCUCGGUGCCUGUACGUUGGGGUUCA